AUGUCCGACCGGGAGCGCGACUGGAGCCUGAGCUUCGUGGGCUGCGGCAUGCUGGUCUUCUACCAUCUCGGGGUGACCUACUGCCUGUACGAGCGCGCCCCGCGUCUCCUCCGCGACGUCCGCACCUUCUGUGGGUCCUCGUCUGGAGCGCUGCACUGCGCCUUAUUCCUCGCUGGGUUCUCGCUGGACCAAAUCGCUGAGUUCUAUAUGCGCCUGGCCAAAAUGAUCAGAAAACACAACUUUGGGAUCUUGAGCCCGUUCAUCAACGUGACCAACUACAUCCACACCUGCCUCCAGAAAGAGCUCCCCGCCAACAUCCACCAGAUGGUCUCUGGCAGACUGUGCAUCUCGAUGACCAGGGUGUCUGAUGGCAAGAACGUGCUGGUGUCUCAUUUUCAGUCUCGAGAGGAAGUGAUCGAUGCUUUGAUUUGCUCCAGCUUCAUCCCUCUCUUCUUUGGCUUCAUCCCCCCAACCUUCAGAGGUGAGCGCUACGUGGACGGGGUGCUGAGUAACAACGUACCCUGCCUGGAUCCCCGGACGACUAUCACCGUGUCCCCCUUCUACGGGGAGCAUGACAUCUGCCCCAGAAUCCAGUCCACCAACUUCCUGCAGGUGGAGUUGUCCAGGCUCAACAUGCAAGUCAGCCUGGGGAACGCCUACCUCACUGUCAGGACCUUCUUCUCCACCCCCCUCAAGGUGCUGGGGGAGCUGUGCCUUCGGGGGUACCUGGAUGCCUACAGGUUUUUGGAAGAGAACGGCAUGUGUGAGUGGCCUGGGCCUCCCCCCAGUUUAGCUUCGGGAAAGGCGGACACAGCGCCCAGCGGGGACUGCCCGGAGAGCAAGAGCCUGGACUUGAAGACCCAGUCACAGAGCAAUGGGCUGGUGGAGCAUCUGCGAGCCAGCAUGCUGCCCUGGGACGAGAGCCUCUUGGACAUCCUGUCCCCCCGUCUCAUCAUAGUCCUGGAAGAAAUCAUAAACAGGCCCCUGGACAUCCUGAGCAGAAUCCACAACUCCCUGCCGGUCAGGAUCCUGUCCUACGUGACGAUGCCCUGUGUCCUGCCCUUUCAGUUCUCCAUCGCCAUGAUCCAGAGGUUCGUGAAGUGGCUCCCCAACAGUGCCAGUGACAUCCUGUGGCUGAAGUGGGCCGUCUCCAAGGCCUGGUCUGAAGUGGUGGCCCCUCUGCUCCCAGUUCCCAGAUGCUCAGCUCCAGCAAGCCGCACACAGGCCUCGCAAGCUCACAUCCCACGGACACCGCUGGCCCCCCUUUCCCCCAAGGCCAUGGUUGCCCACCAUGGUCGAUCGUGA